AUGAAGUACCAUAUUCUCUUGUUGGCCGCCGCGGCCGCCCACGUGCAAUCGACGCCGGUCGGACAGGUGGCCCCCGUCGCCUCCGCCGAGACUCCGGCGACGUCGCCGGUCCUUGUGACGCAGAACGCAGUCUCAUCGCCCACAUCGGGAAGGUCGACCUUUUACGGCGGCAACACCUCCGGCGGAAAGUGCUCCUUCUCGACGUACCAGAUUCCCUCCGGCCUGUACGGCACCGCCUUCUCCGGCCAAGUCUGGGACUCGGCUGCGCACUGCGGCGCUUGCGUCAAGGUCACCGGCCCCAAGGGCAACAGCCUGGUCGCCAUGAUUGUCGACGAGUGUCCUGAAUGCAUCGAGAGCCACCUCGACCUCUUUCAAGACGCCUUCGCACAGCUUGGGUCUCUUUCCGGCGGGAUCAUCUCAACCUCGUACGAAUUCGUCAACUGCGGCAUCACAUCGCCCAUCAAGUUGCACAAUAAGUCGGGCACUUCGGCUUACUGGUUCUCCAUGCAAGUGCUGAACCAUAACGAGCCUUUGUCGGCGCUGGAGGUUAGCACGGACGGCGGAAGCACCUGGAAGAAGACGACCCGCCAGCCGUACAACUUUUUCGAGAACUCAAGCGGCUUCGGUACCGACUCCGUCGACGUUCGGGUGACGGCCGAGUCCGGAAAGACUGUCAUCGUCAGGAAUGUCAGUGUCAAAUCCGACUCGGAGCACAACGCGGCGUCCAACUUCUAA